GAAGUGGGAAGGUGAGUCUACUGAUCUGAGCCCACAGAGCAUCCUUCACCACAAGGUUGUGUCCCCCACUGUCAGCAUUGCCUGGGUCACUACGAGGACUUACACUGCCCCCACUGCCUGGGUCACCACAAGUCCUUACACUGCCCCCACUGCCUGGGUCACUACGAGGACUUACACUGUCCCUCUACUACUGGGUCACUACGAGGACUUACACUGUCCCUCUACUACUGGGUCACUACGAGGACUUACACUGUCCCUCUACUACUGGGUCAUCACACGGACUUAUACUGUCACCUGUCAGCACUGUCUGGACUUUCUGUUGUGUUCGAAGCCUGUGCCACCAUGGAGACUAAGGACAUGUACCAUCAAGACGGUAGUGACAAUGAACACAUUUCUGUGGACUGUGAUUCCGACUACAGCGACGACCCCAGCGAAAUGUCAGCUGAACGCUACCUGAAGGGCAAGAGGAAGGGUCAGCUCGCCAGCAAGUGCCUCAGUGAGAAUGAGCUGCAGGAUCUUCGACUCAAGAUCAACAGUCGGGAAAGAAAGCGAAUGCAUGAUCUCAACUCGGCUCUGGAUGGGCUGAGGGAAGUGAUGCCGUACGCCCAUGGUCCGUCCGUGAGGAAACUAUCAAAGAUCGCCACACUACUUCUAGCUAAGAACUACAUCCUGAUGCUGAGCAGUUCCCUCGAGGAAAUGAAGAAGCUCGUGAGCGAUAUCUACCAGAGUCACCAUCACACACGUGCCGCUACCCCCGCCCCGCACGUGCACACACAGCUCCCCGUCAUGCCUCCUCUGCCCCCUCUGCCUCAGACCAUCGCCGGCCUGUCGUCGCCGGAACUUUCCCGUGUGUCGACAGUUACAGUCAAAGAUCCGUCUCAUGCAAUAACCUCCUCCCCCUCCCUCGCGCCGCACGACCGCUCCCUGGUGUACGGACGGUGGCCUGCCCCAGCAUGCGCGUGCAGUCAAUGUUCGGCGGAAUCCGUGCGGGCGCCCUUCACAGCCUUCGUUCAUAAAUACCCAAGUCAUCUUUCCGCUGCCAACACGUUCAGGAAAUGAACAGGACUGUGUACAUGUGUAUAUAAAUGUGUGUAUAUAUUUAUGUGAAAUAAUCUAUGCAGUUAGCCGUGAAACAGACUCACGUUCUAAGCCUACCCCAGGGUUCCGUCAGUCGGCUACCUUGUGCCGGACACACCCACCCCGUCACCCCAGCCAUAUUACAGGUGUGCCGUGAUGACAGGGUCUGAACACUGAACUGUCCUUCUGUGAAGCCCGGGUCCACCUCUGUCUCCGUCUACAGUAUGUAUUGAUGAUAUUUUUGUAUGAACUGAUUGGCCAUAUAUUGUUGAGUGCUGGUGUAGCUCAAUCCACACACUGUGCCUUUGAGCUUUAUUGUUUGUGAUAAAAGACCAGAAUAUUUUAAAAUGAAAUAAAUCUAAAUCAUGUUAAAUGAUUUUUA